UGCGCACCGAGCGGAGCACCGACAGAGACACCGACGGCUCCGUCAGCGGACGCAUGAGGGCUUCAUCCUCCGGGACCAGCGGCUCGUUUUCGGUGAUUUUCUCUCCCCGUCGCCUCUCUAUGGAUGUGAAGUAAGCGCGGGGCCGGUAGUCAGUCGGUGUCCUCUCCAUCUCUCCGCUCUCGUUCCCGCUCCGUCAGGACCGUGCCCUGCUGCCACAAACCCACAAAAUGGCGGACAUCAUCGAGCUGGGACCCGCCUACGCCAUGUCUCCGGUCCUGGCGGGCUUCCUGGGGGCUGGUGUUCUGGUUUUGGUUGUGGUGGUUCUGGUUCUGCUCUGGUCUUUCUGUCAGCGCCGUUACCUGCGCGUCACGGGGCGCUACAAGCUGCACGGCGAUCGUUACUGCGACGCCGAAGACCCCCCCUACAAGUUCAUCCACAUGCUGAAGGGCAUCAGCAUUUACCCAGAAUCCCUCAGCAGCAGCAAGAGGAUUGUACGAGGCAUCCGGCGCGUGGACCGCACCGACCGUGACGGAGAGCGAGGCUGCCCCUCCUCCGCUGGCACAGGGCGGGGCAUGGUGCUGGUGGACGCUGAAAACAACAUCCUGGACGUCCCGGGGCAGCUGCAGAUGAGUCACCUGGUGCCGCCCGCACACGGUCAGGCUCGGGUGGAGCGGGCGCUGCCGGUUCGCGCCGACUACUGCUGCCUGGACAGCAGCUCGGCCAGCAGUAGCCAGACCAGCAGCAAGACGGCGUCCCCCUUCACCCCCGCCUCCUCGGAGCCUGAGCCCGAGCCCAGCCUGGGCGCCAUCAGCCUCACCGUCGACUACAACUUCCCUAAGAAGGCCCUGGUGGUGACCAUUGUUGGGGCCCGGGGCCUCCCCGCCAUGGACGAGCAGGCGGGCAGCUCAGACCCCUACGUGAAGAUGACCAUCCUGCCGGAGAAGAAGCACCGCGUCAAGACCCGCGUGCUGAGGAAGACCCUGGACCCACUGUUCGAUGAGACCUUCACCUUCUACGGCGUGGCCUACAGCUCGCUGCCCGAGCUCACGCUGCACUUCCUGGUUCUCAGUUUCGACCGCUUCGCCAGAGAUGAUGUCAUCGGGGAGGCCGUGGUGCCGCUGAAGGGCGUGGACCCGAGCACGGGCCGAGUCCACCUGAGCCAGCAGAUCACCAAGAGGAACAUGCAGUGUGAGAGUCGUGGAGAGCUGCUGGCGUCUCUGUCCUACCAGCCGGUGUCUCAUCGUCUCAGCGUGGUCGUCCUGAAGGCUCGACACCUCCCUAAGAUGGACAUCACCGGCCUGUCAGCAAAUCCGUACGUGAAGGUGAACGUCUUCUACGGACGAAAGCGCAUCGCCAAGAAGAAGACCCACGUGAAGAAGUGCACGCUGAACCCGGUCUUCAACGAGUCCUUCAUCUACGACAUCCCGCCCGAGCUGCUGCCCGAGAUCUCCGUGGAGUUCCUGGUGGUUGACUUCGACCGGACCACCAAGAACGAGGUGCUGGGCCGCCUGCUGCUCGGCCUCCACAGCCCCGCCCCCUCCGGAGCCUCCCACUGGAGGGAGGUCUGCGAAAACCCCCGCCGGCAGAUCUCCAAAUGGCACAACCUGAGCGAGUACUGAGGGAGCGCCGCCAAAAACCAGCUGACACCACCGACCGGCUGGGACUCCACCAGUGAACCCCACUGGGAAAUAAAGACUCAGUGUACAGCACGCACACACACAAACACACACACAAAACACACACGCACACGAACA